AAACACACAAGAAGAAGAACAACAACAGCAACAGCACAAAAAAAAAACCUGAAAGAGACAACAGACCAAGAUAUAGGAUCAUGGGCGAUGUGGACAAAUGGAUUGAAAUUGUCAAGGAAUGCAAAUACUUGCCCGAAAAUGAAUUAAAGAAACUCUGUGAUAUGGUCUGCGACAUUCUAUUGGAGGAGACCAACAUACAGCCAGUGAGCACGCCCGUCACCGUCUGCGGUGACAUACACGGUCAGUUCUAUGACCUGGAGCAGCUAUUUCGGACUGGUGGCCAAGUGCCCGACACGAAUUACAUAUUCAUGGGCGAUUUUGUGGAUCGUGGCUAUUACAGUCUGGAGACAUUCACACGACUGCUAACCCUAAAGGCACGCUAUCCCAGUCGGAUAACAUUGUUGCGCGGCAAUCAUGAAACGCGACAGAUAACCAAGGUUUAUGGCUUCUUCGAUGAGUGCUUUAGCAAGUAUGGCAAUGCCAAUGGCUGGAAAUAUUGUUGCAAAGUGUUUGAUCUGCUCACCAUAGCGGCGAUCAUUGACGAGGAGGUGCUGUGCGUGCAUGGCGGUCUGAGUCCUGAGAUUAUUACUUUGGAUCAAAUACGGACCAUUGAACGAAAUGGUGAGAUACCGUAUAAGGGUGCCUUCUGUGAUUUGGUUUGGUCGGAUCCCGAGGAUAUGGAAUAUUGGGGCCAAAGUCCACGUGGCGCCGGCUGGCUGUUUGGUCAUAAUGUGACCAAAGAUUUUAUGAACAUUAACAAUCUGGAUUUAAUAUGCCGCGCCCAUCAAUUGGUCAAUGAGGGCAUCAAAUAUAUGUUUGAGGGUAAAUUGGUAACAGUUUGGUCGGCCCCAAACUAUUGCUAUCGUUGUGGCAAUGUUGCGGCCAUUCUAAGUUUCGAUACGGCGCAACAGAGGCAGACGAAAAUCUUUUUGGCCGUACCGGAUUCCGAACGUGUUAUACCCAAGCAAAAUACAACGCCAUAUUUUCUGUGAAUCUUACAAACAAAAAAAACAAAACAAAAAACAACAACAACAACAAC